AUGAAGACGUCCAUUUCCUCUGAUGUGUGGGAGAAGAAGAAGGCCUUGAUUGCCAAGUUAUACAUGGAAGAAGAAUGGCCAUUGAAACAAGUCAUCAAGCAAAUUCGGAGCGAUGAUUUCAAUCCAAGUGAAACACAAUUGCGCAGUCGCUUGAAGAAAUGGCGGGUCACCAAACCAUCGCGCCAGACUCGCAAGAAACCCAACACAGAUGAUGACGACUCAGACAAGGAUGUCAAGAGAUCUUCGACUUCCCCCCGCACGCGCCGGCCAGCGCCCGUGAACACGGAGAAGUCCCGCCCCAGCUGGGCCAGUGCAUACCCAGCAUACGCUCCACCAGAGCUUCAAUCCAACGAUCAUUCCAAGUGGACCGCAUCACUGCCAUCGCAGUUGACCCCCAGCCCAUCGGGCGAGCACGGCCUCAUGGUAGGGAGACCAUCCGUGUCCUACGACCACAGCCCGACCUCCGCAUCCUUUGACCAACCCGCCCAGACCUCCCCAGUGGACGAGGCACUCAUGCUCAACACCAGCUCAGUCCUUACCCCCCCCUACGCGGGAUAUCCUCUCUCGCCCGACUCCGGUGUCCCCAGUCCCGGAUCUAGCACGGCCGCAAUGUCAUGGCCAAAUCGCGCCGUGUCCGUUGACAUGGGCCUCAAUCCUGCCUUGCACCCGGGUCAGUGGUAUCCCAUGCCGUUUGAACCCAUCACUCCACCUCCAGGUGUGGCCCAUGCCCACAUGCCGCCUCCAGGAUACCGGGACCACAUGUCUAUGGCUCCCCCUGCCCCGGGCAUUUUCUCUCCGGAGUUUGCUUCAUACCCUGGUGAGGUACAGGACUACCACCAUGGGUAUGAUCCGAAGCCGUGGAAGCGCUCUAUGUCGCUCCACUACGACUAUGCCGGACAUUCUUCUGCUCGCCCGGACGCUGAGCGAAAGUACCCGCAUGGUCACCCACCGGGUAUGGUGCCUAUUCCUACUCAGUCUCCGCAUAAUAUCAUGUGUGCACCGCUUCUUCCGUACAUGGGGCAGGAACCUAUGGCGCACAAGCAGCACCCUGGUGUGGGAUACUGA